AUGGCGUUAAGGUCUAGUAGCCAGUCUUCAUACUUGGUGUUGCGUUACAGACGCCUGCUCUUCGAAGGCGUGCGCUCCUUGGUGAUUGUGCCACAUGUUUCCCUUUGCGCGGAGAAAGUCCAGCAUCUUCGCCAGUUACUGGGCCCCUUGACGCUGCGCGUCGAAGCUUUUCAUGCAGGAGCAAGUGAGCCGCAAGAGUACUGCAGACGCCCACGAUUCCUGUACUUAAAGGAGAUGGAAAAAGAUGACAUAGUUGUAGAUGCCGGGCUUGUUCUAGAUCUACUGGUCCCCGAAGUCGCAACUGGUGAUGUCCCGAACGAAGUUUCCAAGGCACUGGUCAAAUGUGAGGUGCCAGAAGCAAGUCUGCCGCCUUCAGCGCAGGAUGAGAGUGGAUCAUGGGCAAAUGAGUGGUGGGAAAGCUUGCACUGUCGAAUGGCAGUCGUAGGAGAAGACUUUCCAGUUGGCCUCGUCUGCGUGGAUGAACUUCACUUCGUUGGAGACCCCCAGAGAGGGCAUCUGCUCGAGAUGGUUUUAGCGAAACUACUGUUUCUUAACGAAAGUCUUAAGAGGCGUAUUCAACUGAUCGGAAUGUCCGCUACCUUACCGAACGCUCGCCAGAUUGCGGAUUGGCUCAACGCUGAAUUAUUUGUAACUGACGAGCGGCCGUCCCCUCUGGACAUCUUCGUGAAAGUUGGCCCAGAGGUGUUUUCGUGGGACAAGGCAUCGGGACUACAGCUAGCACGCAAGUUGCAUGGUGGAUCUCUCUCUUUGCUUCCAGUUGGGGAUGCUGCAACUUGCGCUGCAGCACGUGCCGUGCGAGCAGCCGCUUCUGCUUGCGCCGCUGCAACAGCAGGACUUUUGCCUGCCACCUUAGAGCACACAGCCGACUCAAGUGGUGGGCAUGCUUUCAUAGCUGCUUCUGCUCUGCGUUUCCUGAGAGAACAGCCUGACGCUGACUCGUCAGUGCUAUCCUCACCAGGACGUGAAGACCCUUCCCGGCACUCAAAAACAGCUGCAACUACCGUGGGACUCCGCGCUGGAUGGCAGGCGGAUGCCGAGCAUCUCGGGGCACUGACAUGGGAGAUUUUGCGAGAAGGCCGCAAAGUCAUCAUAUUUUGCCCCACUCAGGAGUGGACAGCCCGCACUGCUAGUUUCCUUGCGAAAGCGCUGCCAUUCUACAGACGAGCAGAGGCGUGGGCUGAUCUGAUAAAGCAGCGUACUGCUGCUCUUCUCGAAAGGCGAAGGCUCAGACACCCAGCGGCUGUGCAACCGUUUCUUCAGAAUCAACAAAAUGCUUCAGAUGCCGUCCAAGAGCAGAAGAAUCGCUUGCAGCAAGAGCAGAAGCAAGCUUAUCUGGAAGCACUGGAAGAGCUUCUUGCCAUGCCGGUCACUUUGCUCGCGCAGUUGCUGGUCCAAAGUCCCCAUUUGUACGUUGAGCCACAGAACCUGAAAGGACGAGAAGAGCUGCAGUGGCAUCUGAAGCAAAUUUCACUUUUGCCUCCAACUACUAUGCUUGCCGCAGUCUGUGAAGGCGUCGCUUACCACCAUGCCGGUCUAAGCGGGGAGGAAAGGGAGUUACUUGAGAUGGGGUACCGCAAAGGCUACUUGAAUGUGCUAUGCGCCACGUCAACGCUUGCUCUUGGCGUAAACUUACCAGCUGCUCGCGUCAUAAUUCGGGCACCCCAUUUUGGACGAGAUGAGCUUCUUUCCCCGGGUCGCUUUCACCAGAUGGCUGGUCGCGCCGGUCGCAAGGGGCUUGAACACAAAGGAGACGCCUACCUGAUUUGCUCACCCACGACUUUACCACACGUUCGAAAACUGCUCGAUGCUGUAGCCUCGGCAGAUAUGUCGGACUCUGCAAGCUGUACCCCGAAGUGCUGCGUGAAUGCGGUGACAUCCAAUCUGAGGGGACAACACCUCUGCCGCUUCUUCCUCGAGGCUGUACAUGUGCUUCUGCCGCUAGUCCGUCGUUGGAGGGAGACUCCGAAGAGCUUGGCGAGCUGUGCAUUCGUUGACGUUGCAGCUAUUUUGCUGCGCUGCACUCUUCGGGGUCACCAGGAGCCGCAUACGUUGCUCGUUAGGGAAGCUGCAGAGGCUGCUCGUUACCUGCAUACGUACUAUCUCAUUGAAGCUGAGCCUAGUGGACCUCUUCCCAUCUGCCGCACUGACGAAUCCGCCGGUAUCAAGAGCUGCAGUGGCUCGUAUGGAAUUUCCGAGGCAAACCCACAAAUAUCAGCUACCACACUAGGAAGACCACACUGGGACAUCGCGUCAGAAAAGUCAGUUAGCGUUGUAGCAGCUGCUGAUGAAAAACGCAGGCACCCGCUGCGCUCUCUCGCCUUUCCUUCGGCAUGCCUAUCGGCCGCUUGCAGGCUGCUCUUGCAGCAGUAUCCCUGUUUGCGGUCUCCCGUAGUUCUUGCCAGGAUGCUGCAAGGGUGUGAAAUCAAAGAGAAGGCCAGAGAAGGGCUUGUUUCUGACUCCUCUGGCAGUGCUCAGCAACUUGUGAUUAAUGCAGCAGCGACCCCUUCAGGGAAUUUACCUGUCUUGCCAACCGGUUUUGCUAUGAAGGUCGGCGCUGUUGGUCGAAGUAAUUUAACGCCGACCUGUGGUGAAAGCGAUGCAUUUGCGUCAAGUGUCCGCUUACAUUUCCGUGGGCUUGAAGCGUUGGCUACGCACCUAGAUGGGGAACAUAACCUCAGAAAUAACUCAAAAGUGACUGACCUGGGUGAAAUGGCGGCGACUUGGAGGGAUAUUGGGGGCCAGAUCGCAACAACAGAAGUGGGAGGAGCAGCGGUUGAGGCAGGAGUUGCACCAUGGGAAGCAGCUGAACUAUUUGCUGACAUAUUCAAGGCGAGCGUUCUAGGUCUUUGCGCGUGUACGGAGCUUCACCUCAUCUUUAUCGCUGCAGUAGCUGUUGGAGGCGAAACACAGCCACACUGGCAGUCGUACCUCUCUGUAUACGACAGACUUGACUCGAGCUGCAGGGCAGCGCUGUCGGAAAUCUGUUUUGUGCUGGCGGGGAAACUUAAGCUUGCCUGUUCGCCCACAGGAGCGCUGGCUUCGGCCUUAGUGGACCCAUCGAGAAAAGAUAAUUUUCCCGGUGGAAGUGGAGAAGAGCACGGGGAUUCAGCUGCCUUACAGCAUCUGUUGCAACUCGAAGGCAUGACGCCAAGAAGGGCGGCAGCCCUUCGCGCUGCUCAAAUCUACAGCUGUGCUCAGAUUGUAAACUCGUCCCUGUAUGAUAUCUUUAAGGCACUAGAAGCAGCAGAGCCAGCAGUUUUAGCUCCGGCUCAGCCUGAGGCUCAAGAUGUUUGGAAGUCCAAGUUGCGCCGGCAGCGCGCUCGCCUAUUGGCGGUCAGCGUGAAGCUGAAGGACGCAGCGCAGAAGGAGCAGGCAGUGAGAUUACAGGCGCUAGAAGAUGAAGCAGCGGAGCACUGGUCGUUGGUGGGAAAGGUUGCUGAUAAGUCUGGAGAUGAACAGGACUUAGGUCCCCAGGAGCGCCUACAGGUUUGA